AUCAAUUACAAUCCCAAAAGCAGAGCACCAUUAAGAAAUUUAAGCUUACCUUCCCCUCUCUGCUCUUCCCCUAUCCUCACAUGGCCAAUCAGAAAUCCUUUUAAAAUACGGGUUCGCCUGUAAUGGCUCAACCAGCAGGGAUGGGAAGAGUGGUAGGGAGCUAUUUAAUUGGCCGGCAAAUCGGGUCGGGUUCGUUCUCGAUUGUUUGCCAUGCGAGGCAUCGAGUUCAUGGAACCGAAGUUGCGAUAAAGGAGAUCGUAAUGAGUCGGCUCAAUAAGAAGUUGCAGGAGAGUUUGAUGUCGGAGAUCUAUAUUUUGAAGAGAAUUAAUCAUCCUAAUAUUAUUCGACUGCAUGAUAUUAUUGAGGUUCCUGGAAAGAUACAUCUUGUAUUAGAGUACUGCAAGGGUGGCGAUCUUUCUAUGUAUGUUACACGACAUGGAAGUGUCCCUGAGGCAACUGCGAAGCAUUUCAUGCAACAGCUAGCGGCAGGCCUCCAAGUUCUCCGUGACAAUAAUCUUAUACAUCGGGAUCUAAAGCCUCAGAAUCUUCUUCUCACAACAAAUGAUGGAAAUGCAGUUUUAAAGAUUGCAGAUUUCGGAUUUGCAAGAUCUCUGCAACCUAAGGGGCUUGCUGAAACAUUAUGUGGUUCUCCUCUUUACAUGGCUCCAGAGAUAAUGCAGCUGCAGAAGUACGACGCAAAGGCAGAUCUUUGGAGUGUUGGUGCUAUUUUAUUUCAGCUCGUUACCGGGAAAACACCAUUCACUGGAAACAAUCAAAUACAGCUACUCCAAAACAUUUUGAAAUCAACCGAUUUACAUUUCCCGGCGGAAAAUGAUUAUUUGACAGCUGAUUGCAAAGAUUUAUGUCAAAAAUUGCUCCGUCGUAACCCAGUGGAACGUUUCACAUUUGAAGAGUUCUUCAACCAUCCAUUUCUUUCUCGGGGACCACCAGAAAAAUCAUUGAGGAGUCAGAGCUUUUCAAGAGCUGGUUUUCCUUGUUCUGAAAGCCGUCCUGUGAGGAAUACUGAGGAAAGCUUUCAGGAGGACUGUCUUCCUUUCUUUCUGGAUGAUGAUUCUAGUGGUCCUGAUGUUAGCCCUUCAUUUGCUGAAAAGAGGUCCUUAAUGAAAUCUACUUAUGGAUUUUCUGUUGAUGUUAAAGAUACUAGAGGAGCAACAUCUAGUUCUUCGAGUAAAGUAGAUUUUACAUCCAAAUACAGUGUUACAAGACAUAAAUUGGAAAAUGCUAGUUUUAAACUUGAAAGACGCAAGGUUUCAGGUGAAACUCUGCACGAACCUCACAAAUCCCUGGAUCAAAGACCUGCAAAUACUUGUUCAAGAGUUGGUGAGUCACUGGAGUUGAUUGACCAAGAUUAUAUUAUUGUGUCUGGACCCUCCAUGGAUGUGUCAUCUUCUUCAGCUAGAACUUCCAAGCCAAACCAUACUGUAUACAAAUCUGAGAAUUCUCCUCUAAUUCCCUUUGUCAAUAGAACUGCAUCAACUGCCCCCAUGCCAAUCGCUGGUGCCACCGAAGUCAAAACUCAUCAUGUAGGAAGCUUAGGAAGUCAGAGCUCUGCCCCUGGGACUUCUCAAGGAUCCAUGGAUAUUGGAGAUAUGGAACAACCAUCAUCUCAUUGCAUGACAAGGAUUAAAUCAUUACAGCAGUGUGCAUCUGCAGUUACAGAAUUAGUGCAUGAAAAGAUUGAGGCAGGUAGACAACUUGAAGCAUUCUCAAUCCAGCUUGUGAUUCUUGCAAUUUGGAAACAAGCACUGCAUAUUUGCCACACCCAGGCUGCAUCAGCUAUGGAAGGAAGUCCAAGCCAAGAAACAAGCAGAUUGAGUGCCAGCAGGAAACAUGGAACAUCUGAUAGGGAAGAAUGUAAUGAGAUUUUCAGCCCAGAAGGGCCAGAAGAUAUAUCCUCAGAGAUAGAGAGGGAAUUUCUUCGGGAAGUUGAGCAUGCCGAGGAACUUGCCAAAGUUAUUGAGCCUGGAAGUACAGAGAUGCCUGAUGCAAUGGAGACAAUAUUUCAAGCAGCCCUUGCCUUGGGAAGACAUGGAGGAGUUGAUGAGCUCAUGGGUGAUAUGGAAAGUGCAGCUUUAUUGUAUUCAAAGGCAGAGCGUUUAUUAGUCUUCCUUCUAGUCGAAGCACCGUCUCUCAUUCUUAAUCCUCCAUUCUCACUCACAAACUCAGACCGGUAUAGACUUGGAACGUACAUUGAUUUUCUUAGAAACAGGUCAGGGUACUCAAGAUCACAGAUGAUGGCUGUUCUCGGGUGCAAGGAUCAGCCAUAGAGUUUAACCAUUAUUAAAAAAAAACUUAUUUGUACAGUUAUUCUUUGAAGUAACGGGGAAUCAGGGUGUUAACAUGGAUCGACUCAUUGUAUCAUGUUUGAGUGUUGUAUUAUUCUCUCAUUUCUGCCA